GCCAUCUUUGAAAGUUGGGAGGUGUACAUCACUACCGCUGGUCCUCAAGCCUUCUCUUCAAAGUUAGUUUAAUUAAGAUAACGUCACAUAAACUGCUUUGCCCGAGCAUGGCUAGCCGAAAUAUGCAACAAGCGAACAUGCAGAGCUCUAACUCUCCACAACCGGCCAAACGCGGGACCGACUCCCCGGCCCCGGAGCAGUCACCGGCGAACAAAGACAGCCCAGCGCCGCCGCAGCAGCAGCAGUCACCGGCGGCCGAACAAACGGAGGGAGCCGGGGAAAGUAACGAAGAAGCCCGGGCUGAAAUGACUCUGGAUAUCACCAAUUUUCGGAAGCCCGGCGAGAAGACGUUCACCCAGCGCUCACGUCUUUUUGUCGGUAAUCUCCCGCUGGAUAUCCCGGAGGACGAGUUCAAAAACAUGUUUGCUAAAUAUGGGAACAUUAGCGAGGUGUUCAUCAACAGAGACCGGGGGUUCGGUUUCAUCCGCCUGGAAACCCGGACGCUGGCAGAGAUUGCUAAAGCUGAACUGGAUGGGACUAUUUUGAAUAAUCGACCAAUGAGGGUCCGCUUUGCGACACAUGGUGCUGCGCUCACAGUGCGCAACCUGUUGCCUGCUGUCACAAAUGAGCUGCUGGAACAGGCAUUUUCUCAGUUUGGGCCAGUGGAACGGGCUAUUGUUGUGACAGAUGACCGUGGUCGUUCGACUGGGAGAGGCCUUGUGGAGUUUGCAAACAAAGCAUCUGCACGUAAAGCCCUGGAGCGCUGCACAGAGGGAGCACUGCUGCUGACCACUACACCUUGUCCAGCCAUUGUGGAGCCCUCUGAGCACUUUGAUGAUGAGGAUGGACAGCCUGAAAAAUUGCUACAGAAGACUCCAAAGUACUAUAAAGAAAGAGAGCACAAACCACGUUUCGCUCAGCCGGGGACAUUUGAGUUUGAGUACUCAUCUCGCUGGAAAGCUCUCCAUGAGAUGGAGAAACAGCAAAGAGAACAGGUGGACAAGAACAUUAAAGAGGCCAAAGAGAAACUGGAGGCUGAGCUGGAGUCGGCUAAACAUGAACAUCAGCUCAUGCUAAUGAGACAAGAUCUAAUGAGACGUCAGGAGGAGCUGAGGAGGCUGGAAGAACUCCGCAACCAGGAGCUGCAAAGACGAAAGCAAAUAGAGAUGAGGCAUGAAGAGGAGAGGAGGAGGAGAGAGGAGGAGAUGAUGAGACACAGGGAACAGGAGGACCUGAGACGCCACCCAGAUGGCUUCAAACCAAACUACCUGGACAAUGUCCUGUUGGUGUCCUGCCUCCAGUGAAGGAAUAGGUAAAUCCCAACACACACACACACACACACACACACACACAUAAACACAGUCUGUACACAGGACCAUUGUGUUAUAUUUAUUGUACUUUAAAUAAUGUAGACAUACACUUUUGAAUAAUAAUGGAUAUAUUUUCUCACUGGCAUCAGAUCCCAUUAAUGAAUACCUAGAGUCAAGGAGAAAUGGAACAUACUCAAGGGGCAGUUUGCCCAACAGACAGCAGGAAAUGAAUACAAUUUAAAAAACUAAAGUGUUUAUAUGUCUUUUUACCUGUAAUUUUGAAGUUGGCAGUGAGAUGGUGAGGAAAAACAAGAGGACAGGGUUGAGGUCAUCAAUAAAAACACAGACAAAUACAAAGGUAAAGUUAAUUGCAUGGAGAUUCAAGCACCGUCACUCCUUCGUAUUGACAACAAAAAGAGGAAACAAAGGAAAAUGGUAGAAGAAACAUUAAUCAGUGUCUGUUUCCCUAGAGUAAGUUUUAUCUAGUGUUUUCUAUUUCUUGUCUAUGUUUUUCUAUAGUCAAAGACUAUUGGUCAUCUUUUCCAUGAAGUGUAGUUAACAGUAGGAGGGGACAGUGAUACUUUAUCUUAGUUAGUUUUUCUCCAAAAUAUAUAGAGAGAAACAAAGGCAGGUAUAUUUUUGAGUGCACAAGAUAAAAAGAGCUUGACUUUGUUUGAUUGUAAUGUCUAUGGAGAAUAGAGACAGAGUUAGUGAGUCAGCAUCAGUGUGCUGUUUUGGAAAAGUCAAGGACAAUUCUCAGUCCUCUGUACUGUCACGGUACAUUUUUGUUACAAGAAAAAAAAAAUGCUGAUUUUAUUGUCAUUGUGACACCUCGCUGCUUAUAAAUAGCAGUUGGUUUAGAUUUAACAGACAGUCAUUUUUCAACUGCUGUUAAUCUCUGUUGUUUAAAACUACACAUCACUACUACCAAAGAGGGAUCCAUGGUUAAAGCUGCAGCUGGUAACAUUCAUGGAGAUAAUUUUUGUCAUAUUUGAUGAAACUGUCAAAAUAUUCUGAAAGAAGUACAUGAGAGAGACAGUCUGGAAAAAAAAAAUCAUGUCCCUACUCCCACUGCCUCUAAUAGCAUUUACGGCAGCACAGCAAAAACAACCAAUCAGAGCCGAGUAGUACUUGUGAACUGCUGUCAGCCUGUCAAACAAGGCAGCACUAAUCAAAUAUGAAUCAAGAUUCUGUAACUGCAUUGUCCAUUUAUCUUCGCAAUUGUUCUCAGAAACAUGUUUUAGUGUACUGUUAAGAUGAAUUCUGCCUCGAUUUCUCUGUCUCUUAUUAUGUCUCAUUUUGUCAUAUGGAUAACUGCAAAUUUAUAAUGUUGAUCUGUUCUGUACGUCAUCUAUUGCCUG